AUCUUCAAAGCUCGCCCCUCUUGUUGCGCUCCAUCGCACUUACAGAGAGAGAGGGGCAGCCGAGCUAAACCAGCACUCCAAAAAUGGUGCAGCGGCUCACGUACCGGAAGCGUCACAGCUACGCCACCAAGUCCAACCAGCACCGCAUCGUCAAAACCCCCGGUGGGAAAUUGAUCUAUCAGACCACCAAGAAAAGAGCCAGCGGCCCCAAAUGCCCUGUUACUGGCAAGAGAAUCCAAGGGAUUCCUCACUUGAGACCGGCUGAGUACAAGCGGUCUAGACUAUCUAGGAACCGCAGGACUGUGAACCGGGCCUAUGGUGGUGUAUUGUCCGGAGGUGCUGUUAGGGAGAGGAUCAUUAGGGCUUUCUUGGUGGAAGAGCAGAAAAUUGUCAAGAAGGUUUUGAAGAUCCAAAAGGCCAAGGAAAAGCAGGCGGAGAAAGGAGCUAGGAGCUAAACGAGGCGAGAAUCGAUAGUCUUUUGAUCGAAGUAUAAGAAAUGGUUGAGCGAGAUUUUGUCGUUAGGUUUUGUUGAUUGAUGAAUUUGGAUCUUAGAUUGGAAUGCUUUUAUUGAUAUGUGCUACUCGGUUAAUUUCGUUUCAAUGACAAACCAAUUGCCUGUUUCGUUUGUGAUAA